UGUGAAUUUUGACUCCUACCUCGACAUCAAAUCCCGAAUACCAAUAUUUUCUGUCUCAACUUUGAUCAUAUUGACAACUACAUCAAAGACACAUCAUAUGGCGUCCUCUCAACCAGGCCUUAACCGGUACGAAAACGACAUUGAUCAUACCCCCAAUCACGCCCUUGCCGAACUCUCCCUGUCAUCGAAGACAAUCCAUGCAGAUGACUACCUCAACGUCGGCCAAGAUGUCGCACCACCAUUGCAUGUCUCGACUACCUUCCGAUACGACCGAGAUCCCAAUGCUUUGAAAGUAUGGACUGAACUAAAGCCAGGACCCUUGCCGGAUUCACAUAUCUACUCAAGAUAUACCGCACCAAACACUACACGCUUUGAAGCCAUCCUGUCGGAUAUCCUCAAGGGCCCAAGUUUAACUUACUCUUCUGGUCUAAGCGCUUUCCACGCUCUCCUCGUGUUCCUGAACCCGAAGCGCAUCUGUAUCGGAGAUGGCUACCAUGGUUGUCAUGGUGUGAUCUCUAUUCACCAAAAGCUUACUGGACUUAAGAAAUUGAACCUCGAUUGCGAUCCUUCGGAACUUGAAGCUGGAGAUGUCGUUCAUGUCGAGACUCCGCUCAAUCCCACCGGAGUAGCCUGUAACCUGAAAGCAUUCGCGGAAAAGGCUCACUCUCGAGGCGCUUUUCUUACCAUUGAUGCCACUUUUGGUCCUCCUCCUCUCCAAGAUCCGUUUCUUUGGGGUGCGGAUAUUGUAAUGCAUUCUGGUACGAAAUAUGUUGGUGGACAUUCUGAUAUGCUUUGUGGUAUUCUUGCUGUUCACCCGGAUCGGGCUAAGGAAGGUUGGUUCGGGAAGCUAUUCUCGGAGAGACAAUACCUUGGUAAUGUGAUGGGUAACAUGGAGGGCUGGUUGGGUGUCCGGAGUGUACGUACCUUGGAAGUCAGAGUUGAGCGACAAGCGAAGAAUGCUGAAGCAUUGGUCAAAUGGCUUCAUGAGUCGUUGACUUCCAAGGAGACUUGGGGUGACCAUCAUGCUGUGAAGGAAGUUUUGGCGAAGAUCGAGCACGCGAGUCUGCAAGAGGAGGAUAUCAAGGAGGGAUGGCUGUUGAAGCAGAUGCCGAAUGGGUUUGGACCUGUAUUCUCGAUUACGAUGAAGGAGCAGACUUUCGCUAGAAGAUUGCCGAGUAAGCUGAAGCUGUUUCAUCAUGCUACGAGCUUGGGUGGGGUAGAGAGUUUGAUUGAGUGGCGUACGAUGACUGAUUCGAAGGUGGACUCGAGGCUGUUACGUGUUAGUGUUGGGAUCGAAGGUUGGGAGGACUUGAGGGAUGAUCUGUUGCAAGGUUUCAAAGCUUUGUACGAUGAACAGCAGGAGGAACUCAGAGCUUAGACAACGUAGAGCACAGGAAGGAGCUGCAUGACAGUAAUUGCUUGGCAUCUUGCAUGAUGGUGGAGCGUAGUCUAGGUUUGCACACUCUGGCUUCACGACAGAUAAUGAAUAGCUUGCCUUUUAUUUUCCUUAUUCUAUGCUGCCUUUAC